UUUCCAUUUUAUGUUAAAUUGGCAUGAAUGUCUUUUCAUGCACUUGAAUGAACAUGCUGUCUUUUGUGAGAUUUUAUACUGGUUUGCAUCCUCUCCAUCUCAGUACAUUUCAUUUGUAUUUGAAUGGCAUCAAAUGACAGAGGCGAUAUGUCUAAUGUGGGGCUAGAUAUUCUGCUCCACAUUUUAUAACAGGGCUGUAUUGUUGGCACAGAAUUUAGUUCAGCUCCCGAAGCUUAAAGAGAUUUGGGACUAAAUGAUUAAUUGACUUACAAAAUAGAGUGCAUGUGGCGCAAUGUGUGCGUGUGUGUGUCUUUGUUUUGAACGGGUUAGAUUUGACCAUUCAGCACCUUACUCAAGCCUGUCUUCAUUUCUUUAUUUUUUACAUGGGAUAUACAGUAUCUCAUGUAGACCUAUGUGCAAUGUCAUCCAGCAAAAGGCACUCUAUAAACGGUGUGUCCAUUACUGCUAUUUAGACCUUUGUAAUGGCUUAAGAGACUACAAAACAUAUUUUACAUAACAUUUUAUAACCCUCAUAAUGUUUUUCAUUAAAGCAAAAAUAAUAAUAUUCACAUAAACAAAUCAUUUUCAUACACCAUAGACUGGUCAACGCCAAUUGUCACUUAAUCAUUCUCAUUGAGCUAAAUUCCAUCUACAAUGUUUAUUAGGCCUACAUAUUCCAUUUCGACUUCAAAAUUAUAAUAAUAUAGUAAUAAAACUAAAAACAACGUAAUUAUCUGCAAACAUGCUUUGUCUUUUGUCAUCGAAUCUGGGCUGUGGCUGUGUGUCGCUGUCUGGUUCAUUGAAUGAGAAAGCACCGCCCCCGCCUCCUCCCGCAGUGGCCAGCGCACUCUGAAGCUGUCUAGAGAAGUGUGCACUGUUCGUCUUUCCGGCGCCUCUAUCCCAGCAUCAUACCUUUCCUCAUAAAGCAAUCAAAAUGCGUGAAUGUAUCUCAGUACACGUGGGUCAGGCUGGAGUCCAGAUGGGCAAUGCAUGCUGGGAACUCUACUGUCUGGAGCACGGGAUCCAGCCUGAUGGUCAGAUGCCCAGUGACAAGACCAUUGGAGGAGGAGACGACUCCUUUAACACCUUCUUCAGUGAGACUGGAGCUGGCAAGCACGUCCCCAGGGCUGUGUUUGUGGAUCUGGAGCCCACUGUCAUUGAUGAGGUGCGCACAGGAACUUACCGCCAACUCUUCCAUCCUGAGCAGCUGAUCACUGGGAAGGAGGAUGCAGCCAACAACUACGCCCGUGGUCAUUACACCAUCGGCAAAGAGAUCAUAGACAUGGUUCUGGACAGGACUCGCAAACUGGCUGACCAGUGCACUGGCCUCCAGGGCUUCCUGGUCUUCCACAGCUUUGGAGGUGGCACCGGUUCCGGUUUCACCUCCCUGUUAAUGGAACGCCUGUCUGUUGACUAUGGCAAGAAGUCCAAGCUUGAGUUCUCCAUAUACCCAGCUCCCCAGGUGUCCACAGCUGUUGUUGAGCCCUACAACGCCAUCUUGACCACACACACCACCCUGGAACAUUCAGACUGUGCUUUCAUGGUAGACAAUGAGGCUAUCUAUGACAUCUGCCGUAGGAACCUUGAUAUUGAGCGUCCGUCCUACACUAAUCUUAACAGGUUGAUUGGCCAGAUUGUGUCCUCCAUCACUGCUUCCCUCCGAUUCGAUGGUGCCCUCAAUGUUGAUCUGACAGAGUUCCAGACCAACUUGGUGCCCUAUCCCCGUAUCCACUUCCCCCUGGCCACCUAUGCCCCAGUGAUCUCAGCAGAGAGGGCUUACCAUGAGCAACUCUCUGUGUCUGAGAUCACCAAUGCUUGCUUUGAGCCAUGUAAUCAGAUGGUAAAAUGUGACCCACGUCACGGCAAGUACAUGGCCUGCUGUCUGCUGUACCGUGGCGACGUUGUUCCCAAAGACGUUAACGCUGCCAUUGCCACCAUCAAAACAAAACGCUCCAUCCAGUUUGUAGACUGGUGUCCAACUGGUUUCAAGGUUGGUAUCAACUACCAGCCCCCAACUGUGGUACCUGGUGGAGAUCUGGCCAAGGUCCAGAGGGCAGUGUGCAUGCUUAGCAACACCACUGCUAUUGCAGAGGCCUGGGCCCGCCUUGACCACAAGUUUGACCUGAUGUAUGCCAAGCGUGCUUUCGUGCAUUGGUACGUAGGUGAGGGUAUGGAGGAGGGAGAGUUCUCUGAGGCCAGAGAAGACAUGGCUGCCCUGGAGAAAGAUUAUGAGGAGGUGGGUGUCGACUCCAUUGAGGGAGAGGGAGAGGAGGAGGGAGAGGAGUAUUAAAUACCCUGCCAAAUUCACGCAUUCCUAUGUGACCCAGAGCUGAGAAUGACUGAAUUGUUUCCACUACACUCUUAGAAAAAGGGUUCCAAAAGGGUUCUUCCACCGUCCCCAUAAGAUAACCCUUUUUGCUUCCAGGUGAAUCAUUUUUGGUUCCAGGUAAAAACCCUUUUGAGUUCCAAAAGGGUUCAACCGUGAACCAAAAAGGGUUCUUCAAAGGGUUCUCUAACAGGGACAGCCAAAGAACCCUUUUAGGUUCUAGAUAUAACCUUUUUUCUAAGAGUGUAUGAUUCUGCCUUGAACAACCAAUAUAAUGAAGUAGCAGAAUGGUAAGGUGUAGUCUACAAGUCUUAAAAUAUGCUCACUCACAAAGGCUGAUGUCCUUGCUUAAUCUGUGCUUUUGUAGCGAGAUCCUAAUAAAAUUAUCAUCAAUAAAGAA